AUGGGAUCCACGGCUGCUACUCCAAGAACUGACACAGUGUCAUCCAGAUCAACUCCUUUGCCCUGCGCAGUGGCCCAAGAACAUGAGCGGGGUAAUGAGGUUGGAUAUGGUGAAGCUGAAGCUGAACCAGAACUGGAAGAAGAUGACGACAAUGUGAAAUCUCUCAAGCGCAGUCUACUCUGCAAGGCGAAGAGGUCGCAUAACCGCGUACCGGGUCUGCGGAGGAUUCCCCUCCCGGCGUUGGGUAUAAUUUUGCUCGUUGCGGUGGUUAAUGCGGUUGUAUGGGCGGCUGCGGGAAUUGUGUUGAGGUUUCAUCCUUCACUCAUAUCCACAGCUGUGCUCUCUUACACGCUAGGAUUAAGACAUGCGCUCGACGCGGAUCACAUCUCGGCCAUCGACCUUAUGACUCGAAGACUUCUAGCAACUGGUCAACAGGCGGUCACUGUCGGGACAUACUUCUCUUUGGGACAUUCUACCAUCGUUAUUAUUACGUCCAUCGUCGUCGCUGCGACGGCCGCCGCCGUGUCCUCGAAAUUCGACAGCUAUAGCAGAAUCGGCGGCAUUAUUGGGAGCUCUGUCAGCUCUGCAUUUCUGAUUCUGCUCGGUAUCAUGAAUGCAUACAUUCUGUAUAAGCUUGUUCAACAGAUGAAAAAAGCCCUUCACCUGAGGGAAGGGGAGGAGGAUGAGGUGUGGAAGGUUGAGGGAGGGGGCGUGUUGUUUAAAGUGUUGAAAAAGAUGUUCAAACUCAUUGAUCGGCCGUGGAAAAUGUAUCCGCUGGGAGUUCUUUUCGGCCUUGGCUUCGAUACCUCGUCUGAGAUUGCGCUUCUAGGAAUCUCGUCAAUCCAAGCUACACGUGGGACUGAUUUAUGGGUAAUUCUAAUCUUCCCGAUUCUUUUCACAGCCGGAAUGUGCCUCAUCGACACCACGGAUGGCGCCCUAAUGCUAUCCCUCUAUGUCCAACCAGCGCAAAAUUUUCUCCCACCAAAAUCCUCCUCCUCCUCUUCCAUAACCAACUUCACCAUCCAGCCUUCACCCCCGGAGCAACCGCAAGGCACCAGUCGCGCGAUAGCUGCCGGCCCAAGUCGUAACCCACGUAACCCAAUAGCAUUCCUCUAUUAUUCUAUUGUCUUGACGUCCCUUACCGUGAUCGUGGCUAUAGUCAUCGGCGUCCUCCAACUGCUGACCUUGAUCCUUAACGUGACAGAGGCUACAGGAAAGUUUUGGGAAGGCGUGGGGAUCGCAGGUGACUAUUAUGAUGUUAUUGGCGGGUCGAUCUGCGGAUGCUUUAUCUUAUUUGGCGGGCUAAGCGUGUUGGUGUAUCCUUAUUGGAGGCGUUGGGUAGCUCAGCGACAUGAACGGCAGGGACACUGGGUGCAUGACACUUUAGAAGAGGGGAGAGGAGACGGUGUAGGGGUCGAGACGGGUCACAGAAUUGCUACAACUACUUCUACAAUUCCCGCAGAAAGCUUGAAAGGGGCUGGUGGAGACGGCGGUAAGAUAGGAUGGGAUGGUUGUCAGUAG